UUUGUCAUUUGUGUGUUACUUCUAGCAAAGAGAAGAGGUCUAUUUAAAAGUAAAUUUUUUGUCGCAAGCUAAAUUUUUUUUGUUUUAAUCCAAUUUAUUGUAUGAGUCAAAAAACUGAAAGACCAGUACUAUCAGGUCAGCGCAUCAAGACCAGAAAAAGAGAUGAAAGAGAAAAAUAUGACCCAACGGGAUUCCGUGAUGCGGUCAUUGCUGGUCUCGAAAAAACUGAAGGUGACUUAGAUGAAAUCUCCAAAUUUUUACAUAGCGCUGGUAAUAAACUUGAUUAUCGCCGUUACGGCGAAGUACUAUUUGACAUAUUAAUAGCUGGUGGUCUCUUAGUUCCUGGUGGGUCAAUCUCUCAGGAUGGCGAGAAGCCACGCACAAACUAUUGUAUAUUUGAAGCCCCAGAGGACAUGGAAUCGAUGCGGAACCAUGAGCAGGUGUUCGUCAAUCUCAUGCGUCGAUAUAAGUACUUGGAGAAGAUGUUCGAAGAGGAAAUGAAGAAAGUAUUAGUCUUCAUUAAAGGUUUUACUCCAAUUGAACGCAUUAAACUUGCGCGUAUGACAGCGCUAUGGUUAUCCAAUGGUUCUGUGCCACCAACCGUGUUAUUGGUGCUCAACAAUGAGCAUUUAAUUAAGGAUGGCAUUGCUCUCGAUUUUUUGGUUGAGCUAUUUGUCACCUUUAAACAGGAAAAGGGAAUGCCAUCACUUAUACAAACACUGAAAAAGGGUGGACUAGAAAGCAAACUUAUGGACUUUUUCCCACCAAACAAACGUACUGAAGAGAAUUUCAAACAGGUAUUCCUUGAAAAAGAACUAACCGAAAUUAUUAAAUUGCAUAAAGCCCAGGCCAGUCAAGAGGCCAAGCGUGAAUUGCAACAGACCCUAAUCGAUGACAUUCACGAUGAGAAACCCCACUCGGAAAUCACUGCCAAUAUCAAAGAAUUGGCACAAAAAUCCAACAUUCCCGACAAUGAAAUUAUCAUUAUUAUAUGGUCAACAAUAAUGUCAUUGGGCGAAUGGAAUAAAAAGGAAGAGCUUGUCACCGAACAAGCGGUACGCCAUUUGAAAGGUUAUUGCCCAUUGUUCCAGGCAUUUGCCACCAAUGAUCGUGCCGAAACGGCACUGAUCUUAAAGGUUCAAGAAUUCUGCUAUGAAAAUAUGAACUUUAUGAAGGCCUUCCAGAAAAUUAUAUUGUUGUUUUACAAAACUGAAAUCCUAUCGGAAGAGGUUAUUCUGCGUUGGUACAAAGAAAACAAUUCUGUCAAGGGUAAAAUGCAUUUCCUUGAACAAAUGAAGAAAUUUGUUGAAUGGCUGCAAAAUGCUGAAGAAGAAUCUGAAUCUGAAGACGAACAAAAGAAUGGCGAAUAACAAGUUAAUAUUU